AUGGGGGUUAUUGGGGAUUUGAAUGUACUUUCUAGCCUGGCAGAUAAGAAAGGUGGGCUCAUUCCGACAUAUGACCAGUUGAAAGAAUUUCAUAAAGUUAUGAAUGAUUGCAAUCUUUUGGGUAAAAUUCCUUCAGGGCCCCGGUUCACUUGGACCAAUAAGCAAAUCAAUGGAAAGAAUAUACAGGAGCGGCUUGAUCGUCUUCUUCUCAAUGAGUCUUGGCAGUUGAUGUUUCCAAAUGCUCAGGUAUCUCAUCUCCACUUCUACAAUUCUGAUCAUCGGGUUUUGUUGGUAGACACUAAUCCUAAGUUUAAGUUUCGACCACGCCCUUUUAGAAUCGAAUCUAUGUGGCUUCAGGAUUUACGGUUUAAGCAGUUAGUUAACACAAUUUGGGCCCAGCGUGACCCCCAUUCAGACACUCACCUUAGUUUAGCUCAGAAAUUUAAGGUUCUUGCCACUGAAGCCAAACUUUGGAACCGUAACGUUUUUGGUAACAUUCAUAAGAAUGUUUCUACUGCUAGAUCUAAUCUUUGUCGCGCCCAAGAUACCUUCGCCUCUUCUCCUACUCUAGUGAAUAAGGCUAAUGAAGCUCGCUGUCUUCAUACUUAUUUGGAGAUGUUAAGGCUUAAGGAGUUAUUUUGGGCUCAAAAGUCUGGUGUUGAGUGGCUAAAGUGUGGUAACCAAAAUACAAGAUUUUUUCAUCUUUCUACUUUGUCUAGCAAUCCUCCUGUUCCUGUGAAUCUGCAACAGUUGUUGCCUAGUGUUUUUUCUCCUACAGAUAAUGCCACGCUUACUUGUGCUGUAACUAUAGAUGAAAUAACUCAAAGCAUUGAUCAGUUGGGUGCAUUGAAGGCCCCGGGUCCUGAUGGUAUACAAGUGUCAGUUACCAAGUUCUUAUCAAUGGUGCUCCUUCGUAACCAUUUAGUCCUUCUCGUGGUAUUUAUCAAUGGUGCUCCUUUGUCUCCUUACAUUUUUAUUACUUGCCUGGAAGUUUUCAGUCGUCUUAUCCAUCAAGGAAUUGAAAGCAAGAGUCUUACUGGCUUUAAGGUCUGUCGAGGCGGCCCUCCGUCUGGACAAUUGGUGAGUGCUUCUAAGUCUGUGGCAAUGUUCUCUAGUAAUCUACCUAAGAGGCUUGCCAGACAUCUUUGUCGCGGCCUUCAUAUGAAAUAUAGUACCCAACCUGGUAGAUAUUUGGGUGUUAACAUUCAGUGGGGUCGUUUGAAAUCUGACAACUUCACUGAAUCUUUGGUUAAGCUCACUAAUCGAAUUAGUGGAUGGAAACAAAAUUCUUUGAAUUUUGCUGGUCGAGAUGUCCUUAUCAAAUCAGUUCUUGACCCUUCUUUGAAUCACCUUAUGAGCACCCUGAAACUUCCUAAGUUUAUUCUCAACAAGGUGGACCAAUUAAGGCGGAAUUUUCUUUGGCAUGCUAGAGAAGGAAAGCACACGGUGCAUGCUAUCAACUGGGAUACGGUGUGUAAACCUCAUUGGCUUGGAGGUCUUGGUAUCAGAGAUCUGAAAUUUCAUAAUUUUGCGUUUUUAGCUAAAACUGCUUGGCGUAUAGCUAAUUUCCCAAACUCUGUGGUGUCUUUAUUAUUAAAAGCUAAAUACUUUCGUCGGGUUUCUUUUUGGGAUACUACAUCUCCUUCUCGCGCUUCUUGGAGUUGGCGUAGUAUUCUCAAAGGAAAGAAUAUAAUCAAAGAUGGGCUUAGGUGGGCUAUAGGGAAUGGGGAACAGGUAGAUGUUUGGCGUGAUGUGUGGUGUUCAGAUAAGCCUCUAUUGCACCUCAUUGAUAGUGUUACCCCUGGCUACCCUCCUUUGAAAGUUGCUGCUCUUAUUGAUCCCCAAACUCAUUCUUGA